UCCACAAACCCCAUUGUGUAAAUGGGAAGAACACCUUGUUGUGAAAAGGAAGGGAUAAAGAGAGGGAGGUGGACAUCCGAAGAAGAUGAAACAUUGAUCAAAUACAUUCAACUCAAUGGUGAAGGUUCUUGGAGGUCAUUACCCAAAAAUGCAGGGUUGUCAAGGUGUGGAAAGAGUUGCAGACUAAGAUGGAUCAAUUAUCUACGAGGGGACUUGAAGAGAGGCAAUAUCACGGCAGAAGAAGAAGAAGUGAUCGUCAAGUUGCAUGGAUCCUUAGGAAACAGAUGGUCAGUCAUAGCAAGCCAUUUACCAGGUCGAACCGAUAACGAGAUCAAGAACUACUGGAACUCUCAUUUAAGCCGCAAAGUGUACAGAUUUUUCAGAGGUAAAAACGACUCGGCAUUUAAAUCGAACAACAUAACGGACGUUGUUCAAGCAAAUCAAAAAAUUGGUCGUGUAAGCCGUUGUGUCGCCAAAAAGUAUAACAAGAAUAGGGUGGCUAGUAACAUCAAGUCACCAAUAAAACCUACCAGCAAUAAAUUAGCCCAACAAACAGUAAAUAAAGAUAAAACUGACUAUCAUGAAAUUAGCAGCUAUUCCGUUCCUACGACGAAAAAUGUUACAGAGGAUAGAGUUCGUGGCAUUGAGUGGAGUUUUCAAGAAGAGAGAGAAAAUCAAAAUCUGGGACCAAAUGAAUUUUGUUUCCAAUAUGAUGAAAUGAUGGAUAUCAGCAGAUUUUUAGGAAGUGGGGCUGUGGAUUCAUGUGGGGUUUUGAGCAUUCAUGAUCAGGAAGAAGCAGGAAAGAUUUUAGCAGAUAUGAGUGUCGAAAAUGCCAAAAAGAAUGAGACUGAAGACGAAUUCUUGAGCUGGAAUUCAUCAGAAACUGUGGGGCUUUACUCUAAUGGAGAUCACAUGGAGUUAGGGUGUGCAGGUGAUGAUGGAGAUGAGAUGCUGCUUUGGCUGUGGGACGAUGAGGAGGAACCUGAGCCACAUCACGGCUAGGUUGUUUUCGUUCUUAGAUUAUGCGUAUUACAAUAUUCUAUUAUUAAACUUACAUGUGUAAAGAUUAUAAAUAAAUAAGUUGUUUAUCUCUUUGACCAUGGG